UUUUCACACAAUUAAUUUAAUUCCUAAUUAAAUUUAUUCUUUGAAUAGUAAUAUAUACAAUUAUUUUACAUACAAUAAGUGCUUACACUUGCAUACAUUGUAGGGUUUAGUAUACAAACAAAAUAGAGUGAGUGAGUAAUCAGUAGUAAAUAAGAAGUCCACCGACAAUGAUCUAAUCACCAAAUAUGGCAACCUACGAGCCAAGACGUUGUUACGUGUGCGAUAAAAUAUUCUGCUGUGUAGAUUGUUGUGAGGAGCACAUAAAGAAAAAACACAGUACCCGUCAUACUAUCACCGACUGUCCUCUGUGUCGCAGAGAGCCAUUAACAGUGCGUAAUUUUGACCUCGAACAGCUUAAAAACCACGUGGUAUUCAACCACCUGCCGUUGCAGUGUCUCAAGUGUGGUGAGUUGUUUGAAAAGCACGAAGAUUUAAAAUACAUCGGCACUUGCGACCGGCAUCCUAUUAUACGGAUAGAGCCGCCCACGUUGACCGAAUUAUGUGUCACAUCGUUAUCUUCAUCAAGCUUGGAAGCUACAUCAGGAGUCACUAAAACUCCAUUAAACUCUUCAUUAACCAAGCACAAAUCUUUGUCAUUCAGCGGCGAUUAUCAACAAUUUGAAGAUUCGCCUCGCGAAUUUACUCGACAUACAAGUACUCCGAUGCACGUUGGCUUGACAAAGCAGCUCAAUUUAUCAAACAUUAAUAUUAAUAAUAUAAGUGGUAAAAGCGGUAAUUUUUUUUUUAAAACACUUAAGCGGCCUGUUGUUCCAAUAAUAAGUAUUACAAGCAGCAGCGAUAAGUCAAUUAAUAUUAAUAAUAAUAAUAAAAAUAGUAGUAUUAAUUUUAAUUCUCCUGAAAUUAUUUCUCAAGAUAAUAUAAAAAAAUCUAAUUUAUCAAAUUUUGAACGCACACCAUUAAGAUCUAUUUUGUCUUCAAAAUCAUUUAAUAAAGAUUCAAGUAAUCAAAGCGGAAGUUUAUUCAAAAAUUUAUCUGAGCGUAGAUUAGAAGCUAUGAUGGAAUUAAAUGAUGAAUCUGAUAAUAAUAAUAAUAAAGAAGUACCGGAUAGUGUUGGUGGAUUAUUAGAGCAAGAUGAUUCUUUAAAUUCAGAAAAUAAAAAAAGAAGAGACAGUAAAGAUUCUAAUAAGCGUGUAAGAUUUUCCGAUGAAUUUAAUUUAAAAUUAGAAGAUGAUAAUUUGACUGAUGAUAAUGAUAAAGAAGAAUUUUUCGAAUCUUGUCAGAGUUUUUCAGACACUUCUGUAAGCUCGACGGAAAAAAUUCAAUCUAGUGAUGGUAAAUUUGUUGGAGAAAAUGCAAGUGAUGUACUUAAAGAAAACAAGGAGAAUAUUGCACAGCCAGGUUGCUCUGGUUCUUCUAGAGUUGUAAUGAUGGUUCUUCUGGAGAAGUCGGGGGAAGUUUACCCAAGAGAUCUGGCGCCGAUUAUAGACUCGAGCUUGGAGAAAUUAAAGACUGCUAUUACUGGCUCUAAUGACCAGUUAGCCGCGACUUGUAUUAGUCAGGAAGCUAUUGAUAAUUGUCAGAGUGGGUUCGCAAUGCUCUCGGUUGAUAGUUAUACGAAAGUAUCUACUGUGGAGUGUGUUAAGAACUCUGAUUCAGCUUCGAGCUACUCCAGUUGCUUGCGGAAAAAUCAGGGUAAAGAAAAUAAUUCUAAGGGAAUUUUUGCUUCGGUUGCUAAUGCUGUUAAAAGUGUCUUCAAAAAUAUAUCAGGAUCUUCCAAAAAUACGAGUACCCUUGAACCAAAUUCACCUGAGAGAAUCCUUCAAGAUUGGUCAUCUAUAGAUUCAUGUGAAAGCGCUAUAACAUCAUUAUCUCGAGCAUCAAAACGUCCACGUGAAGAAAUAGAAUUUCUACCUUGUUCAUCUUCAUCUUAUUCAUCAGACUCAUCAAUUGAUUAUAAAAGAGGAAGCAGAAAUAAAGAAGACGAGGAUAAUAACAAAUCUACCCCGAACAAUACUCGCAGUCCGGCUGUAAAAAAAGCACGCGGAUGGUACAACCAAGUCCGACCUCGCGAACCUAUUUCCCGAAUGAAAAAUAGCUCGUCCUCGACUCCAUUGCCUCGUGGUGUUUCUUUUGAGACUCAAUGCUUCCAACAAGGCGCUUUGACCACCAAGGACGCCAUUCUACCCCUACCUGAUCGCGCUCAAGUUAAUCGAUCUACUCAAACCGACUUUUAAUUCACUUAGUUAUGUAUUUAAUUUAUCUUGAUAGGAAAUAUUUUUUUUAUUUUAUAAAAAUUUAGCAGGUAAUUAAUGU